GGUGUUGUCAGAGAGAGAGAGAGAGAGAGAGACGGAGAGAGAGACGGCGAGCCGUGAACUGUACGGCGAACUGUUGGGAACUGACUAACGGAGAGAAUCCUGCCGGAGGCUGAUCGCGUCGCUGUAGACUCUCCCUCCUCGUUUUAUGAAAAAGGACAACAACUUUUCGCCGCUCCAAAGAGCUUCAGGGUGUUGAUGAUGGCAGUGUGGAUCCAGGCCCAGCAGCUUCAGGGAGAUGCUCUUCACCAGAUGCAGUCCCUGUAUGGCCAGCACUUCCCCAUUGAAGUGCGACAUUAUCUGUCCCAGUGGAUAGAGAGCCAGCUCUGGGAUGCCAUAGACCUGGAGAACCCGCAGGAGGAGUUCAAGGCGAAACGUUUGCUGGACAGCUUGAUACAAGAGUUGCAAAACAAGGCUGAGCACCAGGUUGGAGAGGAUGGCUUCCUACUUAAAAUCAAACUGGGUCACUACGCUAAUCAACUCAAGAGCACGUAUGACCGCUGUCCUCUGGAGCUCGUCCGGUGUAUCAAACACAUCCUCUACACAGAGCAGAGGCUCAUCAGAGAGGCUACAAAUUCAAGCUCUCCCGUGGGCGGCAUGAUGGACAGCAUGUCUCAGAAAUACCAACAGAUCAACCAGGCCUUUGAGGAGCUUCGCCUGCUCACCCAAGACACUGAGAAUGACCUGCGCAAGCUCCAGCACAACCAGGAGUACUUUAUCAUCCAGUACCAGGAAAGCCUUCGCAUCCAGGCUCAGCUGUCCAGCCUUGCCACUCUGCCCCCUUCUGACCGGCAGCUACGGGAGCCCGCCCUCCUCAGCAAGAGAGCUACUGUGGAUGCAUGGCUGACAAGAGAAGCCAACACACUACAGAAAUACCGCCUGGACCUGGCAGAGAAGCACCAGAAAACACUGCAGCUGUUGCGAAAGCAGCAGACCAUCAUUCUGGAUGACGAGUUGAUCCAGUGGAAGAGACGGCAACAGCUGGCAGGCAACGGGGGCCCACCCGAGGGGGGCUUGGACAUCCUUCAGUCCUGGUGUGAGAAGCUGGCUGAGACGAUUUGGCAGAACAGACAGCAGAUUCGGCGGGCGGAGCACCUGAGGCAGCAGCUGCCCAUUCCUGGACCUAUCGAAGAGCUGCUCAACGAACUCAACAGCACUAUUACAGAUAUCAUCUCAGCUUUGGUCACCAGCACCUUCAUCAUCGAGAAGCAGCCACCCCAGGUUCUGAAGACCCAAACCAAGUUUGCCGCCACAGUACGCCUCCUAGUGGGAGGAAAGUUAAACGUCCACAUGAACCCUCCACAGGUCAAAGCCACCAUAAUUAGUGAGCAGCAAGCCAAGGCCCUGCUGAAAAAUGAAAACACACGGAACGAGAGCAGCGGGGAAAUUCUUAACAAUAACUGCGUGAUGGAGUACCACCAGACUACAGGCACUCUCAGCGCCCACUUCAGGAAUAUGUCUUUAAAAAGGAUCAAACGGUCGGACAGACGCGGCGCAGAGUCGGUCACAGAAGAGAAGUUCACCAUUCUCUUUGAGUCCCAGUUUAGCGUUGGAAGCAAUGAACUCGUCUUUCAAGUUAAGACGUUAUCCCUUCCUGUUGUGGUGAUAGUUCAUGGUAGCCAAGACAAUAACGCCACAGCCACGGUGUUGUGGGACAACGCGUUUGCAGAGGCAGGUCGAGUGCCUUUCCUCGUGCCAGAUAAGGUACUGUGGCCUCAGCUUUGUGAAGCCAUCAACAUGAAGUACAAGGCAGAGGUGCAGAGCAACAGAGGGCUAUCUGAGGAGAACCUGGUCUUCCUGGCUCAAAAAGCUUUCAGCAGCUCCAGCAACAAUCCUGACGACUACCGGAGCAUGACGAUGACCUGGUCACAGUUUAACAGGGAAAGCUUGCCAGGAAGGAACUUCACAUUUUGGCAGUGGUUUGAUGGUGUUAUGGAACUGACAAAGAAGCAUCUCAAACCUCACUGGAAUGAUGGAGCCAUCCUGGGCUUUGUGAACAAGCAGCAGGCUCAGGAUAUGCUGAUGUCCAAACCCAAUGGCACCUUUCUUCUGCGCUUCAGUGACUCUGAGAUUGGAGGCAUAACAAUUGCGUGGGUGGCGGAAAAUCCCAACAAAGCAGGUGAGCGAAUGGUUUGGAAUCUGAUGCCCUACACAACUAAAGACUUCUCCAUUCGCUCCCUGGCCGACCGAAUUAGCGAUCUCAAUCACCUCCUGUUCCUCUAUCCCGACAGACCCAAGGACGAGGUGUUCUCCAAAUAUUACACGCCACCCCUCUCCAAAGCAGUGGAUGGUUACGUAAAACCACAAAUCAAACAAGUAGUGCCUGACUUCGCCACAGCUAAUCCAGACCCGGUCGGUGGAAAUCCAACGUAUAUGGAUCAAGGCGCCUCUCCAGCACCUGUUAAUCACUCACACACUUACAGCAUGUACCCAGCCAUGGCCGACCCCGUGCUGGAUGGAGACGGAGACUUUGACCUGGAUGACACCAUGGAUGUGGCGAGGCAUGUGGAGGAGCUCCUGCGCAGGCCCGUAGAGAGUCAGUGGGGUGGCCAGCAGUCCUGACCCUUGUCCUGUUGACCUGCAAAGCAACCAAACAAGCCCUGCCCUGUUUCUUGCCCCGACUCUUGUUAACAUGGUUUAAUUCCAUUCAUCUCUCUCUUUUUCUCUCUCCCCCCUCCACCGCUAUAUUGUAAAAUUGUUAAUAAUGGCCGUUUGUUUCCUUUUCCCUCCCGUGUAAGAACAUGCAUGUCAGUGAUUUCGUAUCGUUUAUUUGUGUCCAUAAGUGUAAAACAGACUAGAUUAAACCAACCUACGAUGUUACAGUGUUGUGGAAAAAAACAAAGGAAGGAAUAUAGUCCAUGGAAAUCGUGCAUGCGUUUUCAAUUGAUCUGAAAUUCAUUUUGAAAAAUGUGCUACUGUAUGAUGCUAUUUCAGAAGCUGAAUGUCUUUUUGUUUUUUUUUAUUUUAUAUCACCUGCUUUGUAAAUCCGUUAUCGUUCCGCUCGUGUCACUGAUCCUGCCCUGUUCGUCAACAGAGAAACUCUGAAGAGUUUUGCCUUCGCUCUUAAAGAAAUGAUCCAUUGCCUGUCAGUUAUUCAAAUGUAUAUACACUAACCUAAGGCGGAGCGGCUCCCUUCGCCCUCUGCGCCAGACUGCACGCACAUCAGAACACGGUACUCGCUCGCAAGCUUAAGAUUUAUUUGUGCGCGAUUUGUUCACCAGCUGCAAAGGAUCGGAGCUCACGCACCUCCCUUGCUCUCACAGGGCUAUCUGUCUUCUCUUUAUACACGGAAAGGCAAAUCUAAGCAUUUACCUAGCGCCGCAAGCUUGUCCUCUCAGGUCCCACCGCUCCCCUCGUCGAUGCUACCUCGCAUUGGUCUCCUGACAGUCGUUUUCGUAUCGGUUCCUUCACUAUUUCUGCACUACCCCGUCUCCAGUAGGUACAGUCUGUAAAUUUUGUUCUAGUAGUCUCCUUGGAUGUGUGUGAAGAAGAUCCCUCGCUGCACGGGGCUAACUGUCGGCAGUUUUUUUUUUUUUUUUUUUUUUAUGCUUGAAACUACUCUCGUGAAGAUGUCCGGAGUCAUGAAGUGUCUUACCUCUCGGUAAUAAUUGCCUAAAUAUUCUGCGUUUUCGGUGUCCUCCCGCGUUUAUCUGUGCAGCUGCAUCACGACUCUGUGGGCAUGUGCAUGUCUCUUUUGUGACAACUUGAUCAAGCAAGCGGCAAAUGUUGCAAAGCAUAAAUGAAGUUUUUAAAGGUUUGCAAAAGACUGAAACAUCUGCUGCCAUAUUCAUCCUGCAGGAUGUCACUUUGUUUCCUAGUUUGACUUUCGUCCUUGGGUUUCAGACUAACCAUUGUUGUGCAUCUCCCCCCCCUCCCCUGUUUGUUCCACCUAGAUCAUAAUUAAGACAGUGUUGCAACCUCAGGAAUAAAUUGUUGCAGAACCAGUGUUUAAGCCAAACAGAAAACACUGUAUACAAAAUAUAAUGAAUUUAUUUUAUAUAUUAUAUUGUUUCUGUGGCACUCCACAGUUGAAUGUAACCACUUUAGAUCACCCUGAGGAUUUACACAGAGUUUGUACAAAAUUAUGUAUAACCAGAAGUACUCACUUAAAAAAACAAAACAACACAGAGCAACUGGCAGUCCGAUAUGUGUAUUUUUUAUUUCGUGAUCAAUAUAUUUAAAAAUGACCCUGAUUUCAAUUAUUUUUAUUUUACUCGUCUUUUAAAAUAAAAUAAAAUAAAAAGAAAGAAAUCUUAAGCCACAGUUGAUUUAUUUUUUUGUUGACAGAACACCAUUGCCAUUUUUUUUCCGAUCAUUUUUAAGAUUUGUUUCACUGUAGACCUUUUUUUUUUUUUUAAUGAGAUAGAAGGUGCUGUGUGUUGUUUGAUGUAUAUGUACCAUGUUUGUUGUUUGAGUUUAUCACUUGGAGACUGUUCGAAGAGCCACAGCUGUUGAGUUGAGAAGAAUAAAAUAAAGUUUUAUAAAUAAAG